AUGGCCGAAAUACCAGAAGCAGAUGUGACAAAUAGCACAUCGAAUGAUUACCCACACACAGAUCUAAAAGAGGAGUCCGAUAAAUGUAAUACGCGCAGUGAUGCUCCUCGAGCAGGCUCGUUCAAUGCUUUGUUGUUUCUCCAAGUCCUUCUAGGUAUUCUUUGUGCCUUCAAACCUGCUGAGCCGUUCGUAGUGCCAUAUUACAUAGACAAUGGGAUCUCGAUGGACCAGAUAAAUCAAACUGUUUUCCCCAUGUCCGGGUACAGCAACUUUGGCUUUCUACUCGUGCUCAGCAUGGCGUCGAUAGGGAUAUCCCAUCACGCACUGCUUUAUUUUGGCUGGGUUGGUUAUGUUGUGUGCUAUACGCUGCUCAUAUUCGUCGACAAGCUAAUUGUUGCUAUUUUUGCCGAAGUCUUCUACGGCCUGGCAGUCGCCUCUGAAACGGUGUAUUGCGCGACGUUUUACUUUCUGAAAAAUAGGACUGUCUCUGUGAUGACCAGUCACCUUCGUGCGUCCACAAUUUCUAGAACCACUCUUCUAGUUACUCAUGUCAUUAGCGAUCUCUUUGGACAGCUUAUGGUCAGCUUUAUCACGAACUUUUCUAAGCGUCUCCUCUUCAUAAUUACCGCCAUUUCGGUGUCUUCUUCAGUUGUGCCCCUGACAAUACUUACAUGUAUUCAGCGACACACCCCCACUAGCUAUUUUAAAGUAUCUAAGAAUCAAGUGUCUGAUGAGACAUCGGAGAACGGAAAGAAUAACGAUCUAUGCGCGUCAUCUAUCGGCACAGAGAAGAUGUCACGCAAACUCUACCUGCGAGGACUGUCUUACGUUUGGGGCGGAGGGCUCGCGGGUGUCCUUCCAUUGUACAUUGGCAUCUUCAGCCUGUCGGGGCAUACACUUUAUCAGAAUUAUAUAACAAACAUUCUUUACGAUGUUCAGCAGGGCACCAAGGACGAGUUAUACGGUCUGUUUGUUAUGAUUGGGCGACUUAGUGGAGUGCUUGGGAGUGUCCUUGCGCUAACGUGUAAAAAGGUUAAGCGAACGGGGAUCCUACAGAUCCUCCUUCUCUUCAUCCUAUCCUGUCUUCUGAUUAUCCCUGCCUUUGUGAAGCACUUGAUCUGGCUUUUUGUAGCAAACGUUGUCGAAUUCGCUGCUGCGGAGCUGACGAUAACUGUAAUGUGGGCGCAGCUUGCGGCCUCGUGCCAGCUCUCAGUCUACCCGGCCGUGUUUCUUUGCCAGGCGCUUAUCGUGGCUGCCAUUGUACUCAUUGUUCAAGCGACUGUGUUCAAUAGCGUGGCUAAUGAAUUCGAAGGAUUUACUGCCAACCAGACUCACUACCUGUGGUGUGCAGUGCUGGGGUUAACGGGAUUACUUAUAUCAUUGCUUGUCGCUUUGGUAUCUAGAUUCAGAGGAAGCUGCAGAAGAGGCAGCAAAGAUAAUGCAACUAAAGAAGACUUCGACGCUAAUCCUCUCCUCCCAGACCAAUCUUGUGAAGUAUAG